AACCAAACCCCAGGAAGAGCCUGGGAACAAAUACGGAAGCAGAAAAACGCCCGCUUGACGCCGUAUUUUUAUCUAAAACGGGGCUAAUAACCGAGCGUUCGCUCUAUGGUAAAACUGACUUGUGCUCUUCAUUCUCCAGGCGAAGCUGACCUACGUAAUACUAAUCAUGGAGUCAUUUGUGAAGUUCACAAACCAGAGUCAAGGAAGAGAUCGACUUUUCAGAGCUACUCAGUAUGCAUGCAUGUUGCUUAGUUAUGUUUUAGAAAAUAAGGCUGGCAGAGAGAAAGUGGUAAUGAAGCUCAAACGAGUGGAGUCUAACAUGAGUUCUGGCCGUAAAUUAUUUCGGCUGGGUAACGUGGUUCAUGCUAUCGAAGCUUCAAAAGCCUCUAUCCAGCUGCCCGAUGCCGUUCUGUGCUACUGCUUAACUGCGGCCAAUUUAAACCGCCUUCUGUAUUUCACUUGUGACACUGUCCUAUGGGUGAGAAGUGUGGAUCUAGUUUCUGACAUCAACAAGGAGAAGUGGCGACAUCGUGCCAGCUUGUGUUAUCUCUACUCGCUUCUCUUUCAGCUGGCCAGGGAUUUCUAUGAGUUAAUAAACUGCAUGGAGAAAGAGAAGACAUGCAGACGAAAAGGGGCCAAUCAUGAGAACGGUCUCGCUCUGAAUUCAAGCAAUACAUUACUAAAAAGCUUGGAGAACUACUUCUUUAUACUUGGAUUAAGUUUAAAGAACCACCCAGCCCUCUUAUUAGACACCAUAAAAAAUGUGUGUGAUCUCUUUAGUCCUCUUGAUCAAUUAGGAUUUUACAAAACCAAUCCUGGAUUCAUUGGAAUUUCUGGCCUGGUAUCUUCCAUUGUGGGCAUUAUGACUGCAGCCAAUCCACAGUUAAAGUUAAAAAACUGAUUGGAGGAAAGAGAUGAUGACCACUUGAUAUUUCUUAUGCUGCUAGUUUAUACAGCUGAUGAUUUUACUCCCCUAGAUGAAAUGAGAUUUAACUCAUGCUGGUUUUACCGUGCAGAGCUGCACAAGCUGGCCCUAGAUAUAAUGAUUUCUUUUCACUACAACCAGUAAUAAUUAUGCUGUAAUUAUUCUUUAUACAGUUCUAGCCUAUUCCACAGCACUUUCUAUUUGGUGGACGUGAUGAACUGCAAAAUGGACUGUUUGAAACAAAUAACUGGCAAUGAAACAAAUGGACGAAGGACCCUAGCUAUAGGGUGAAGAGUCGUGCACCUCUGGAAGUAAUCCCACCCAUUCCGCUUUGAUUGAUGUCCCAAGUCUGGGAUACAUCUUUACUGGAUAACUCAGUGCAAAGCAAGGUCUACUGUCCUUGGUUUUAUCUGCGCAUGCGCAAGAUGCUGCUGAGUGACAUCCUGGCCAUGGAAUGUCAAUCAAUACAGACUGUUCACCUCACAGGCACCACCUAGACGACUCUUUGUGUUCAGAAAGGAAUUACCUAGAAGUAGAACAAUAUUGCGCCUUGCGACAUGCCACUGCUGCGAUGUGACACCCACAGAAAAUCCAGCACUGAUACAUUGUGGUCUAUGAUGGCAUUUUCACAUGCAAGUCAUACGCAACAUGUGACUUGGCUGUGUUCUUUGCAGCCAAAUGACAGUACUAAAGUCUUGCAACAGCAAUUUGCAGUCAGGUUGUACAAUCUGUUUUGGGUUGCACAUCUUUUCUGAGACUUGCUGUCACACAGCCGUGUAGCCUGGCAGCCAUGUUAAUUUCUGAAAAUCUAGUGACAGGUUCCCUUCGAAAGGGCAGCAGAGUUGGAUGGAGAGGUGUGGGUGAGCAGCCCAGUUCUAUUUGUGCCAUGGGCAUUGUUGCAGUACAAGAUGUGUGACUUUUUCCUGAAAUGUUGCAGUUUCAAGUCAUGCAUGAAACUAUAAAUGCUACAACUUUAUUCCUCAUGCACACAGAGGCUGAAUGGGGCAGUAAUCUGGCAGCCAUGGACAUAGAUGGUGUCUUACCCUGCCUUCCUACCUCAAAUUUAAUACAUAGGCCCACAUUUGUUAACAUAUAUGCGCCAUUUGUUGGCAUAAAAUGUUGCACAAAUUGUAUUAUUCAUCAUGUGCACUAAUAAGUUGAAAAGUGAGCAUGGUUACUAAAGAGUAUUCAUGGUAUUAAAACAAAUUUAUUUAGUAAGGCAGAAAAUUGAAAAUUUUUAGUACAUAUGUACCCCUGCUCAUAACAGGUGUAGCUUAUAUUUCUGAAGAGGCAGGCAUCUUAUAUUUUUUACUUUAUUUAUAUUAUGUUGCCGAUGCCACCACAACAUAUGCCGCAGUUGGCAGCUGUUUCAAUACAAUUGAAACCCGUCUGCAGUGUCCGGGAUCAGAUAUAACUCUGAGCCAGGUCAUUUAACCACUUAGUCAAUAGCACCAGUCUCAUCUCAGCUGUUAGACAAAGGGAAAGAAAACUCCCUCUGUCUGCAUCCAAUCUACCCCCAGUACAGUUGUGGGAUGCUAAAUGAUUGUCAUGGUGGCCCAGGGGCCUUGUGAAAGCUGAGCUUUGCCUGCUUGUAUUACACUUAGAGGUAAGGUGUAAUAGGAGAUCAGUAAAAUCACUAUACACUGCAAUAAAAUAAAGCAGUGUAUACUUCAAGCAAUCAAGUCCCUUAAUGUGACUAAAAUAAGUUCAUAUAAAGCUUUUUAAAAAUAUUUGAAAAAACACAUCUGUUAAAAAUUCAAAACAAAAUUCAAUUUUCCAAUGCCAGGAUUGACAGUUUUUGUCAACUCUCCUUCUCAAAAAGCUGAAAAAAAAUAAUUAUCAACAGCAUGUUCUGAAAACAAAGCCUAAGAAAAUGUGGAAUUGCAGUUCCCCCCCCUCCAUUUUCACCGUACAAAAACAACAAAAAAUAUAUAUAUUUCUUUUGGCCAUUUCUAAAUACGUGAAAAUGGUGCCAUGAAGGAAAACAUCUCUACCCACCAAAAACAAGGCCUAAUAUAGCUUUUUCAAUAGAGAAAUAAAUCUUUGGAUGCUGUAUUGUGGAGAUUUUCUUCUCUAGAAGACAGCUGAGGUUUUGGAUUAGGGUCCAUUCACACGUCCGUUGUUUGUUUCCUGAUCUGUUCCGUUUUUUGCUGAACAGAUCUGGACCCAUUCAUUUUCAAUGG